GGUUCCUUGCUUGCACAAUAUUAUCAUUGAUGUUCUAGCACAUGAUCUAUGGCAGGUGCCACUCUGUCGCGUUGAUCUCCUCGUUUCCCAUGACUACUCCGCUCCAUCUUUCUUAUCUAACCCACCAAUGAGGGCCGUAUCCGUAACUCUCCUCUUUCCCUUUAUUUAUUCACACUUCCGAGAGUGCACACUCCUGUGAAGCCACCAAAGCUGCACAUAUCAACCGAUUGCAGAAUUCUCGGAUUUCCCGACAGCACCAUGGCCGAGCCCCGUGAUUCGACCGAGACGUCUCUGCCACCAUACGACGCGCUCUCGGAGCCGUAUCAGGAGGUGUGCCCCCCCACGACUCUCGUCAUAGUAGGCCAAUCGAUCCACGUCCUGACGGCAGAUUCGCCGCCACUGUAUCAUCUCAGUCUUGGUAUUUCAAGCCUUUCGGAUAUCACCACGGAGGUAGAGCUCUCGCGCGUUGACCCGAAGCAAGAUGGCUCGGAACGCCAACGCCAUAUAUAUGACUUGCGAUAUAUGCGCUCGGGACCUGGUGGAUACGUGAAGCUGCCGUCUGACUCGCCUCACUACUUUAUCGAGCGUGCAACCCGUCGCGUCCCGGGCCUUCAGGAUCUGGGCCUCAAGAAGAGCCGCUUGCCGGGAAAGGCAUGUACGACAGUUCUGCCCGUUGACAUAAGAGGCAAGACUAGCAGGUACAGCAUACCCAACUUUGUCAAGGACAGCGCCCCUGUGUUCAGCAUCAACAAAAAUAGGUGGGCGGAUGCGCAAGGGGCUCUGAUUGCCUCCAUGCAUGAUACCACCGAGCGCAGCCUGGUCGUCACGGCGACCCUGCCGCGCGCCCAUUUUGACAUGCUCGUAGCACUGUGGUGCUGUAAGGUAUGGGAGUCUGGGGUUGCCAAUGCCGAAAAGGUGCACGAGGGGAUCGACGGAGUGAAGAGAAAGAUGCGGCUGGCAAGGGAGUUUGGCAUGAGUCGCUCAACCAUGGGACCCGGAGGAGCGUCUGGGGCGUUUUGAGGUGGCGGGUGCGGAGUUCUGAAUUGAAGAUACAAUUAAACUUGCUAGAUACAAAUAUAUCGCCUCUGCACUAC